UCGCUAAGUUUUUCGGGACCAGUCGGGACUGUGGGAUUUCCAAGACGGUCACAGUUCAUUGGACUUUUUCACCAUGCAUUCGUUUGCAUUUGAUCCAUCGAAAACCAGGACAGAGAUCAGGACAUAGAAGAGUGGGAAUACAUCGUAUCGUGGAUCAUUAUUUUAUCUUGGUGUAAUCGUUUCGUUAGAAUAAACUGCUGAUGUUUGUGGAAAGUAGGCUACAGAAUGCCCACCAGCGGCGAUGAGAGAAUUAAAGGCAGCGCGUUUAUUCCAGUGUCCACUGCUGCCGUACUCCUCGUUGGGUCCACCACUUUAUUCUUCGUAUUUACGUGCCCGUGGCUGGCAGUGACUGUGUCAAUCUACGUACCACCAUGCAGUGCCAUACUGUUCUUCCUUGUCUUGGCCAACUUCACCAUGGCAACCUUUAUGGAUGCAGGCGUUCUCCCCAUGGCUAAUGAGGACGAGGACAAGGACGAUGACCUCCGCGCUCCGCUCUACAAGAAUGUGGACGUGAAGGGUGUCCAGGUCAGGCUGAAGUGGUGUGCCUCCUGCCACUUUUACAGACCUCCACGAUGCUCCCACUGCAGUGUCUGUGACCACUGUGUAGAGGACUUUGACCAACACUGUCCUGGAUUGGUGGUGAUGAGUGUAUCAGGUCUGUUCUUCAUUCCUGUCCUGGGCCUCACAGGGUUCCACCUCUAUCUGGUGUCUAGGGGCAGAACCACCAAUGAACAGGUUACUGGGAAGUUUCAAGGAGGGGUUAACCCUUUCACUCUAGGUUGCUGUGGCAACUUGGAGUAUCUCAUAUGUAGUCCCAUCUCUCCAAAGUAUACAGCGAGGCCCAUUAAGAAAUCAACAGUUCGCAUCAUGCCUCCUUUCCUGAGACCAGAGACUGACAGACAGAUCCCAAUUAUUAGGGUCAGGGAUAUCGGCGUCCAGCGUCAUGAUCUCCAAAGUAAACGCCUGUCCGCUGACGGUAUGGACGAGACAGAUAUUAAACGUCUGAGCACCCCACCCCCGCUGCACCCCAAACCAGACCCCAACCUGCUGAAGAGCCACCUAGCAGCCCUAGAGGUUCCAGAGAGUAGUCUUCAUCCCAAACCAUUGAUCCCUCCCCCUGGGCAGAUCCUGCAGCAGCUCAGGCCAGCACUGCAGUCCCCCACCAAGCCAACACCCCCCUUAUCUGUCCAACAGGUGGCACUAGAUCAACAGGGGGGCAGCAGUAGAGGUCAUUACUUGUCAUCAGAACCCAUCCUGGCCAGAGUGGACCAGCAGCUAGCCUUCCAGUCGGGUCCCAUGUCCGCUCCGCACCAGCUCAACUCUCUCACCCUUAGCACCCGCUUCCUCACCCAUGAACACGCCUAUCAACAUGGAAACAAGCUGCCGGCCUUGCACUCAGAAGGUCUGAUCUCCCACCAGGCGUCUCCGGGCGGGUUCCCCCCUCACAACCCCCUGUCCAGCCGCAGCAGUCUCUCCUACAGCAACCUGGUGAACCCAGGUGACCCUAACUACCUGCCCCAGCGAGGGGGACCGCCACUUCACUACCACCCCCACUUCUUGACCCUGGGCCCUGAUGGCAGUGUGCUGCAGGGGUCCCCUUCACAUGCCUACAGCCCCGUGUUCAUGGGGGUCAGCAGACAAUCUCCCCAGACAAGGGACACUUUACCCAGGGAUCCCUCUCUACGGGACCUCACCCCUCAGGCCCUCACCCCUCAGGCCCUGAUGCACAGGGACCUCUCCCCACAGACCUUGAUCCAUUGGGAGGCCUCUCCGGUCCGCUACGAUAACCUCUCCAAGUCCAUCAUGGCCUCCAUCAAGGAGCGACGGGAGAUGGAGGCGAAGGACAGGAUGCUGCGGAUGCAGGCCAGGUCCCAGGCCCUGUAUGGCUGCCCAGACAUGGGGGUCUACGACAUCCCCAGCAGACGCAGCCUCCCUGCAGACAGCAUGCGCCCCCCAGGUUCCCGCGCCCCCACCCCGCCCUCAUACGGCUCCAGGGAGUUCAUGAUGAGCACUGGUAUUUUGGGGUACGGAGGUACGAGGUCGCCCCUCUCCAGUGCCUCAUCAUCCUCUCUGACCCGAGCCCCCAGGACUUCCAGCUCCCCCCUGCAGAGCAGCAGUAGCCUACAGAGUAAGGGUCGUUUCCCCUCCCCAUCUUACCUCCCCCCAGACAGGCAGCCCAAGCCCUCACCCUCCUCCUGCACCCUGCCCCACACCCCCUCCUCUUCCUCUGCCCCAUACGUCCCCCCAAAACGCCCCUCACUCAUAUGCGCCAUGGAGGGCAAGGACUCAGCACCCUUUGCUUUCUCCAAAUAGGAAACAUUAAGUCUUCCUGAGGGUGUAUGCAGCCAGUCAGCCACACCACUCUGCAGUGUUAGCCUGUAUAUCCACAACUUCCCAGCACGGUGUAAGUGUGUCUGUGUGGGAGGGUGUGGGAGUCGAGAGGACAUUAAUAUGCAGUUAUGGGAAUAAUUUUGUACAGAUAUUUAUACUUGGUUCUCUUGCUAGACAAGGGUGUGUUUUGAAUAAAGACUGAGUGUUAACCAACACCAUAUGCAGAUAUCUGAUUCUCAGGACAGUGGCCAAUUGGCAGACAGUUGUGCCUCCUCAUGUAGUCAAAGGAACCAAUAACAGAGGAAAUGUACAGAAUACUUAUCUUUGAUUGUUGAUAUACAGUACCAGUCAAAAGUUUGGACACACCUACUCAUUCAAAGGUUUUU